AUGGCGACCACCAAUGCCGAGUCGGACUCAAAUCACCUGCAGUCAGAACCUCGCUCUUCUGAGCCUCAGGAUGGCUCACCCGAGACCUCCUUUCGAACAAUUGUAGAUCCUCGCACCGCAAGUACCGAUGAUCUUUCCAGAUCCGACUCCUCGUCUUCUAGACACCCCGAUCUCAACAGUGAAGUUGCUACAUUGAGCGACAAGCUUAUAAAAGCCAUAAAUCAUCAAACCACCUUAGACGACACCCUUUCACAGACAAAACAAGAGUUAGAAGCAUCAAGAGCCAGAAUAGCACAGCUAGAAGCAGAGGCCAGAGCCCAUGAAGCUAAAAUCAGUGGAGGGUUCCUCAUACCAAAACAAUCGGCCGAUGACCGAGUCAACAAAAUUUAUGCGGAUCUUCUCGAAUCCAAUCGCCUGAAGGCUCAGGCCCAACAGGAGAAAAGAGGAAUUGAGUCAGAGUUGGAGACCUUGACUGCCUCGCUCUUCGACGAAGCAAAUAAGAUGGUCGCGAGCGCCAACAGAGAACGCGACGCAGUCGAGAAGAAGAACCAACAACUUCGGGAUCAGAUUCUGGAUGGUGAGGCUGUAAUAGCCUCACAGACCGAACAACUCACCGAAUUAAAGUCUCUUAUGCAACAGAUAGGUCCCAGUCCUGAUUAUCGCAAAGAACUAGAUUCUCCUAGAGUGUCUCUUGCUCCCUCAAGCCCUGGAGUCGCAAGAGACGAAGGCAAUCUGGCCCGACUUCUCGAAGCAAUGAAUCUAUCACCUGUCACCCUUGAACAUGGAGAAUUGGUUCCUAGUCCAUCUACUCAACUGACACACUUGGUCAGACCCAUGUGUCGAACGGAUAUCCCCGCCUAUGAAGACUUCAAGACCUUGGUCCAAAAUUCCCACUUUCGGUCCCACAAUCCCUCACAUGCCCCUUCAAGAGCCGGUUCAGGCUCUUAUGGCGGUCUCAAUGUCAUGGGUCUUGGGUCAAUGAGCAAUAAUUCAAAUUCAAACCUCUCCCAACUUCCUCAACCUGCCACUUCAAAACUGGCCAAUUCUCCAAACAUCCCUGGCUCGUUCAGCCCCAACCCAGAACAACCAAAGGGGCCCAUACCGCUCAAAGAUAGCAAGUUUUUCAAACGUAUCCUCGCGGAAGAUAUUGAACCCACCCUUCGUUUGGACCUGUCUCCUACCUUGUCAUGGCUCAAUCGCCGAAGUAUUCUAUCUGCCUUUGGUGACUCAACCCUCAUUGUGGAACCAAUUCCGGAGGCUUCAUUGAAACUAUAUGGCAAAUAUACACCUUGCGCCUUAUGUGGUGAGAAUCGUAAACAAGGAGAAAACGCCAGAACCCAUGCCAUGAGAGUGCGUGAAGGUGAAGGGGCCACUAAAUGGUCUAUUUGCUGUCUCUGUCUGACAAAGGUAAGGGGUGUUGGUGAUUUGGUGGCUUAUGUGAGAAUGGUUCGCGAAGGAGUUGUCAAGAUUGGGGAUCAAAGGGAUGAAGAGGAGGCUUGGGAAGAACUGGUUCGAUUGAGAGAAAAGCUCUUCUGGGCACGCAUGGCCGGUGGAGUUGUUCCUGCGUUUAUUCCCACACCGAAACAGACGCCUGUGGAUGAUAUAGGUGAGGAUGAGAAGGAAAACAGUACUUCUGAUCUUCCAUCGGCGUUGACUCCCGAUAACGUUACUACACCACCAGCUACUGGCAGCCAGGAGGGUUCAGACUCUGGUAAAGAGGAAACCCCUUCCGAAAAAGCAGCUCGUUUGCAGCUUCAACAAGGCCUCGAUGAUUCACUCACUACAUUCGACAAUGUCAAAGACAAACGACUAAGCACACCUCCGAGUACUCCUAGCCCUCGAAAGUUAAGGGAUCGAAGCACGGAGGGUGAUUCGAAAGAGGGAUACUCUUUUCCCAAAAUCAAUAUUCCACGCUUGCCUGUUGGUUUCUGGGACACACAAGUCAACACACUGCACUAG